AGCACCCCACAAGCAGAUGGUGGAUACACUCCCCUGUGCAAGGACCAUACCACAGGGCAGGAAUGGAUGUCCUCAAAUGACUGCAGUGAGUGAUGGGGGAGCAGGGAGCUGCUGUUUGUCCCUGAUGGAGCCUCACCUUUCAUUUCUAGUGGCAAAAUGUGAAUACUUCAAUGCUGGGGGCAGUGUGAAGGACCGCAUCAGCCUGAGGAUGGUGGAAGAUGCAGAGAGAGCCGGGAUUAUAAAACCAGGAGACACACUGAUUGAGCCCACUUCAGGAAACACAGGGAUCGGGCUGGCGCUGGUAGCUGCAGUGAAAGGUUACCGCUGCAUCAUUGUCCUGCCGGAGAAAAUGAGCAUGGAAAAGGUCGAUCUCUUGAAGGCAUUGGGUGUUGAAAUUGUGAGGACGCCGUGCGCCCGCUUUGAUGCCCCGGAGUCCAAUAUUCGUGUUGCCUGGAAGCUGAAAAGUGAAAUCCCAAACUCUCACAUCCUGGACCAGUACCGAAACCCAAGCAACCCACUGGCUCAUUACGACACCACAGCUGAGGAGAUCCUGGAGCAGUGUGAAGGCAAGGUCCACAUGGUGGUGAUUGGGUCUGGCACAGGAGGCACCAUCACCGGCAUUGCCAGGAAGCUGAAGGAGAAGUGUCCAGAGUGCAAGAUCAUUGGUGCAGAUCCUGAUGGCUCCAUUGUUGCUCUUCCCAGUGAGAUGAACAGGACGAACACCACAACCAUUGAGGUGGAGGGCAUUGGGCACGACUUUAUCCCUACCGUCCUUGACAGAUCAGUGGUUGACCAGUGGUAUAAAUGCAACGACAGAGAUUCAUUCCUCAUGUCUCGCAGGCUGAUCAGAGAGGAGGGAUUACUGUGCGGUGGCAGCUCAGGCAGUGCCAUGUCUGUGGCUGUGCAGGCUGCCAAGGACCUACAGGAAGGUCAGCGAUGCGUCGUCAUUCUGCCCGACUCUGUCAGGAACUACAUGUCCAAGCUUUUGAAUGAUAAGUGGAUGAUAAAGAACGGUUUCCUGAAUGACAUCCGGGAGCACAAGCCUUGGUGGUGGGACAUCAAGGUUCAGAAACUGAAUCUCUCAGCCCCUCUCAUUCUACUCCCAGAAGUCAGCUGUCAAAAGGCAAUCGAGAUCCUCCAGGAGAAGGGAUAUGACCAAGCUCCUGUUGUUGCUGAAUCAGGACUUAUUUUGGGAAUGGUGACCCUCAGCAACACCCUCACCUCAGUGCUGGCUGGAAAUGCACAUUUCUCAGACCCUGUUACGAAGAUCAUCUAUGACCAGUUCUCAAAGAUUGGCCUGGAGGACAGUCUUGGGAAGCUUUCUUGCAUCCUGGAGAAUGACCAUUUUGCCAUUGUUGUACACAAGCAAAUGCAGUUCAAUGGAAAUGGCAGCUCCUUCAUGAAGCAGAUGGUGUUUGGUGUGGUCACAGCAAUGGACCUCCUUGCCUUUGUCAGCAGACACGACAAGAAGCAUCACCAUGACUUGGCUGCACCCACCUCCACUCCUCUGGCAGGGCCAGCUGCCCCCCCCAGGCCUGAACCACCCAGCUGAGGGGACUUUCUGGUCUAAUCCAGCUGAUAAUUUCUCAAAAUGACUAGGUGAAAAUUGUAAUGUAAUAACCAUUUGUCUACUAAAUGCCACUCAGAAUGUCACUAAAGACAAGAUAACUAAAGAAGUUGUGUUUAAUAGCCCUAUGUGGUUACAGAGACUUUCCCAGGGCUGGAGAGGUAAUACGAGGGGAGGGAAGGGGAUGGUUGCUCAUGCCCAGAUUUUAUCAGGUGGGGGCUCAGUGUGUUAACUAGCAGCAGGUACCCAUGAGUCACCUUGGUCCUGUCAGGGCUGGAUCCUGUCUCUGCCAUGAGAAACUCCAUCCCUCUUCUGGGCUGGAGCCAAGCCAUGCCAUGGCUGCAUGUCCUGUUCCUCUCCACCCCUUGCAGGGAGGAUUGCAAGCACCCUCCAGAGACUUCUCACUGCUGGCUCCUUAUGAGGGUGGAGGUUUCAGCUUCUUCCUUUCCUCCCCAGGGGUGAGUGGAAGAGGCAGAGCCUUGGAGGAGUGAGGAGAAGGAGACCAGAUGGGACAUCCCACUCUGGCCCAUAGAAGGUGGGGAGCUGGGCAGGCAAGGGCAGGAGGGAUAUGAAGGGACAGCUGAGGGCUGUGAUGGGCAGGGAGGAUGAGAUGCUGGGCAGGUCAGGAAUGAUGUCUCCUGUAGCAGCAACUAGACUUUGGAAAGCACCUUCCUCACUUCUGGAGGAGGCACCAGGUGUCUCACACAUGGUCCUGUGGGAGGUAGCAGUGAACCAAACCCAUUCAAGAAGCAAAGGUUCAUUCUCAUGAUACACUAGCUGGGAGAAGGGAGAUUGCUUCAUGCCUGUGACUUGGAACAGUCAGCUCACAAAUAUCUAUCCUGAGAGCUUGUUGUCAAGGGGUAGAGAGGAAGGUGAGGGUGAUCUUGAUUUUGCUGUCAGAAUAUUAUGUUCUAGGAAGUGAUAAUGAAGGUCAGAAGAGCCAUUUGCUAUGUCUGAAAAAAAAACCCACAAGUGAAAGCAAAUGUGAAAGGAGGGUCAUGGGACUGAACUGAAACACUGCUGAAUCCCAGUUUGGUCAAGUUGCUUUCAGAAGCUGCAAAGAGCUUUGCAGUCUUUUUCAUAAGUACUGGGAGCUGCUCCAGUGUGACAACAACCAAUCUCUAUUUUGGCUUGCUGCUAAGUGGUUAGUCCAUACUUGCAAUCUAAUCUAGUUUGUAUGGGGCUUUUAUUAAAUUAUAGAAUGAUGAACUAUUUGUAUUUAGGAAAGAGUGUUUCUGCUGUCUUUUGUUUCCUGAGUGACAUGAGCUGUAUCAGAUUUUCUGUUUUUGCUUGAGUAAUAACCAUAUUUGUCCAGAAAGAGUAAAACCUGAUUAGCUCAA